CAAUUGUUUCGACUUUUGUUUUACUCGCAAAUUCGUAAAAUCUACCCAAAGUUUGUGUGCAGCGAUCUGUAAAUUUUCGUUUUUAAUUGUUUAAAACAGCUAAAACUUUGUUAAUAUUGCGAAAUGUCUGCCCCAUUGGAAAAUUUAGAGACGCAGUUGGAGAUGUUUAUUGAGAAUGUGCGACAAAUUCGGAUUAUAGUCAGUGAUUUUCAGCCGCAGGGUCAAAAUGUAUUAAAUCAAAAAAUUCAAGGCUUGGUGACUGGUCUUCAGGAGAUCGACAAACUUAAAAACCAAGUGCAGGAUGUAUUUGUGCCAUUCGAAGUGUUCGAUUACAUUGAUCAAGACAAAAACCCGCAGCUAUAUACAAAAGAUUGUGUUGAGAAAGCCUUGGCUAAGAACGAAGAAGUCAAGGGAAAAAUUGAUGCAUACCGCAAAUUUAAAGCGAAUAUGCUACUAGAACUGUUCAAAACCUUUCCAAAUGAAAUGAACAUGUACCGCGCUUACCGCCCGGACUCAAUUUAGAAUUAAGCCGAGAUGAAGUUUCGCUUUGUGCGGCUCAAUAAUGAUAAUGUUACUAUUGUGCAAAUGGAGAAAGUAUACAUACAUAUAGCGUUUUUUAAUAAAUAUAACUAAUUGAAAGCUGUCAUAAAA